AUGCAGGGAGGAAUACAGGAAGAAAAAACUUUCCAGAGAAAUAUCAAGGAGGCAUUGGGAGAUAAGGAUGUAACAAGGGACUUCUUCAACAUAGGCAGGAUCUGUGUCCCACAGAAUUUAAAUGAUGCAAAAAGGAGGGUUUUUGCUAAUCUUGAUAGAUUUAAAUUCCACUAUCUUGCAAUGACAGCCAUAUUCACGCUGAUUUAUGUUCUGUAUCGCUUAGAGCUGAUCAUACUUAUCGGAAUUGUCGCGGCCGGUGUAUAUGCCUAUAGGGUGAGGCCAACGGUGUGUAAUAUCGAAUUAGAACCAAGAUCUGUGUGUAUAGCCGGAUUCGUCGGCAUACUCAUCUUCUUUAUAUUCUUCAAGGAAGCGAUAGUGGGGCUUCUUGCGAUAUCUGCACUCUGCGGCAUAGUAACCCUGACACAUGCUGCGUUACUUGGGGAAGGUCUGCAGAAGGACGACGAGGUGUAA